UUUUAGCAACAACAACAAAAAAAAAAACCUUCGUUAGUGUUGUUUACAGUCUGGUAGUGCUAAGUGACUUAUAAAUAAUCAUUUUUAAUAAAAUGUGCAACGGCUGUGUUCAGAAAGAAUACCCCGAUCGGGGGAACACCUGCCUAGAGAAUGGCUCUUACCUGAUGAACUACCUGGGUUGUGUCAAAUGCCAUCAGAGGGACUUCGUGCUGAUCAGCAACAAAACCACUGAGGAUGAAGAUGGAGAGGAGAUAGUCACAUAUGAUCAUGUUUGUAAAAACUGUGACCAUGUCAUUGCCAGGCACGAAUACACUUUCAGCGUUGUUGAUGAAUAUCAGGAGUACACGAUGCUCUGCAUGUUGUGUGGAAAGGCAGAGGACUCCAUCAGCGUGUUACCAGAUGACCCCAGACAGUCUGCACCUCUGUUCUAGACCUCAAAAGACACCAAGCCCGCAGGUCAAUAUUCACUUUUAGGGCAAGUAUAACUGCCAUGGACGUGCCGCUGAAUGCUGGCUUCAGGGUUCCAAUGAUUUUUUUAUCCUCCCGCCAAAUUGUAACAAGCAAUCAAUCCGAUUUUAAGUCCUUUUUCUGAACUACCCUAUGCUGAGCACAUCACGUUUUAUUUAAUUCCAGGACCACCACUGAAUAUUGUGUCUGUCAAUUCACAGUGUGUUUUAAAUAAACGUUUUUUUUUACUUCUAAGAAUGAA